AUGAAAUACAAGUCGAAUGGUGAAGUAUUGAGUCCUGUAUUCUAUGCACUUGCAAAAGCAUACACACAGGCUGAGUUUGAUAAGCUGAUGGAGAAGAUUGAGAAGGUUGAUUUUCGGGUAAAAGAGUACUUGGAGGAUGCUGGAAGGGAAAAGUGGGCUCGACUGUAUUCACCCGUUAACAGAGGAUGGACAAUGACGUCAAAUAUAGCCGAAUGUAUUAAUGGAAAAUUGGUAGCAGCAAGAGAGUUGCCUGUUUUCGAUUUUCUUGAAGAAGUGAGGAAGAUGUUUGGGAGAUGGAAUUGCACUAAUAGGAGGAACGGUACAUACACAUUCACAACACUUGGGAAAGCAUUCCAGCAAUUAUUAUCAAUAAACGAAUGUAAAUCUCUACGUAUGACGGUUGAACCAUCAACUGAAUAUGUGUAUACCGUAAAUGAUGAGGCAAGGCGAUUCAUAAUUGAUCUUAAAAAGAAAACAUGCAGUUGUCGGAUGUUCCAAAUGGACGAGAUACCAUGUCCACAUGCAUGGGCUGUAUUGAAGAGUAAAAGUCUUAUGCCUGAUGAAUAUUGUUCAGACCUAUUCAAACCAAAGACAGUGAUUAAGACGUAUGAUGUGCCUGUGGAUCCUCUGCCUGACGAGAGAGUGGAAUAUUCCCAAACACAUAAGCGAUGA